GCAAAAUAUUUGUCUUGGCUGCAUCUCACAUCGCUAUUACAUCCCUAAGCCGCCAUAGCCUGAGGCUCAUCCCCUCUGCAGCCAGACGCUCCUUCUCUUCGCGCUCCCGACCCAGCGUCUGUUGCUGCCGUCGUUCUAGCCGAUAAAGAACGCUAUCAUGGCGUCGAGCUUGGCCCAUAGCAUGGCAGCUGCCAGAACUGUUGUGCCGUCUAAGAUCAGCAAGACCGCGGCUCUAGCGCCCGGCGGUCGCCAGCUGGCGGCGUCCUUCGCGCGCGUGCCUGCCACGGCGCGCGCGCGGCGGUCGCUAUCGGUGCGCGCAGAGGCGAAGGACAUCCUGUUCGACCAGGCAGCGCGGUCCGCCAUGCAGGCCGGCAUCGACAAGCUCGCUGACGCCGUCGGGGUCACGCUCGGCCCGCGAGGUCGCAAUGUGGUGCUCGACGAGUUCGGCAAUCCCAAGGUCAUCAACGACGGUGUGACUAUAGCGAGGGCCAUCGAGCUCCCAGAUCCCAUGGAAAACGCCGGAGCUGCCCUCAUCCGUGAGGUGGCGUCGCGCACGAACGACUCGGCGGGCGACGGCACGACGACGGCGAGCGUGCUGGCGCGCGCGCUGAUCAACCUGGGGCUGCUGAACGUGACGGCGGGGGCCAACCCGGUGGCGCUGAAGAAGGGCAUCGACAAGACGGUCGCCAAGCUCGUCGACGCGCUCAAGGACAACGCACGGCCCGUCAAGGGCCGCGACGACAUCAAAGCGGUGGCGACGAUCAGCGCGGGCAACGACGAGGAGAUCGGCGAGAUGAUAGCGGACGCCGUGGACAAGGUGGGCGCGGACGGCGUGCUCUCCAUCGAGAGCUCCUCGUCCUUCGACACCACCGUCGAAGUCGAAGAGGGCAUGGCGAUCGACCGCGGUUACAUUUCGCCGCAGUUCGCGACGAACACGGAGAAGAUGCUCGUCGAGUUCGACAACGCGCGAGUGCUCGUCACCGACCAGAAGAUCACGGCGAUCAAGGACAUCAUCCCCGUGCUGGAGCGCACCUCGCAGCUGUCCGCCCCGCUGCUGAUCAUCGCGGAGGACGUGUCCGGGGAGGCGCUGGCGACGCUGGUGGUGAACAAGCUGCGCGGCGUGCUGCAGGUGGCCGCCAUCAAGGCGCCCGGCUUCGGCGAGCGCCGCAAGGCGCUGCUGCAAGACAUCGCCAUCGUGACAGGCGCGGAGUUCAUGGCGUCGGACCUGGGGCUGAAGGUGGAGGGCGCCACGGCGGACCAGCUGGGGCUGGCGCGCAAGGUGACCAUCAGCAGCAGCGCCACCACCAUCAUCGCCGACAGCGCCACCAAGGACGAGAUCGCAGCGCGCGUGGCGCAGAUCAAGCGCGAGCUGGCGGAGACGGACAGCGUGUACGACACAGAGAAGCUGUCGGAGCGCAUUGCCAAGCUGGCGGGCGGCGUGGCGGUGAUCAAGGUGGGCGCGGCGACGGAGACGGAGCUGGAGGACCGCAAGCUGCGCAUCGAGGACGCCAAGAACGCCACCUUCGCCGCCAUCGAGGAGGGCAUCGUGCCGGGCGGCGGCGCCACCAUGGUGCACCUGGCGGCGCUGGUGCCGGCCAUCAAGGCGCAUCUGACAGAUGCUGAGGAGCGCAUCGGUGCCGACAUCGUGGAGAAGGCGCUGCUGGCGCCGUGCGCCCUCAUCGCACACAACGCCGGGGUGGAGGGGGCCGUGGUGGUGGAGCGCGUGAGGGAGAGCGAGUGGGCCGUCGGAUACAACGCCAUGACCGACCAGUACGAAGACCUCCUGGCCUCUGGUGUGAUCGACCCUGCCAAGGUGACGCGGUGUGCGCUGCAGAACGCGGCGUCGGUGGCGGGCAUGGUGCUGACGACGCAGGCCAUCGUGGUGGAGAAGAGCAAGGGCAAGAGCGGUGCUGCUGCCAGCCCAUACAGCCCACAGGUCCCGCUCACCCUCUAGACCAGCUCCUAGCAAUGCCCUGUGGGGCCAUUAGGGUUAUGAACCGCAUUGGUCUGUGUAGCAGCCUUGUCACCCUGAUGUUGCCAUGUCAUGUCAUUAAUACUAGAAUGCGCAUCAACAACAGCAGCUGCCCUGCCCCCCUGAAUCUGGGAGUGAACCACGUGUCUGCAGUAAGUUGGAAUGUACAG